AUCGCUGCAUCUCAAAUGUCAGCUGCCGAAAGCUGCACCAUUCUCCCUCAGUUUAUUACAGACAGCCCAAUGGAGUCCACGGGAGAACCAAAAAACGCUGGAGCCUCUAACUUCUUGGAAGUAACUUGCAAUAAUUCAUGGGGCGAGGAUGAAGAUGAGAGGUCAAUCAAGCCGCAGUUGUCCCCCCUUCCAAGAAGAAGGAGCUCUGCUUCUUCAGAUGAUUUAGAGGCAGAGGCACCAAGUGUUAUUGCAAGAAAAGUUUCCUUUGCAGAUGCUUUUGGUUUGGAUCUUGUAUCUGUAAAAGAGUUUGAUACCUGGGAUGUACCAAUCACAUCUUUCGGUGAACAUUGUGAAGAAGAUAUUCCCACCAUAGAGGAGUAUUUUUUUUCAUCAGCAUUUACAGUUCCAUCCACCAAAGAAGAACUGAUGCACAACGUGCACAUGCAGAAAGUUGCUCUGGAGUCAAUUGAGUUUAUACCAGGAGUAACAUCUAUGAAAGGAAUUAUUAGAGUGCUGAAUGUGUGUUUUGAGAAAUUGGUUUAUGUCCGAAUGACAUUAGAUGCAUGGAGUAGCUAUUACGACAUUUUGGCAGAGUACAUACCCGGUUCCAGCGAUGGUGAAACUGACCAAUUUUCUUUCAAGAUUUUAUUAGUGCCGCCUUAUCAGAAAGAAGGUGCCAAAAUUGAGUUUUGCAUACGGUAUGAGACCUCUCUGGGCACAUUCUGGUCUAACAAUAAAGGAUUGAAUUACACUCUAUUGUGCCACAAAAAAUCAAUCUUGGAGCAAGCAGAGAAAACACAGGAGGAAGGUACUGAUAAAAAUAUUAAAAGCUGCUUGAAAACAACAAACAGCAAAGAAAAUUCCAUUAGUUAUGAUGGGACAGUGGUUCAUCCCGAGACUCCAGGUGAAAUUAAUCUCAAAAAAACAGAAGACCAUCUUGGGCAAAUUGAUGAAAAACCAUACGCGGAGUCUGGUACCAUUCACAAAGAACAAGUGCAGACUUUGUUGGAGGAAACUGAGAAUAUUGUCUCCGACACCGACAUCUUUUCAUCACUCAAGGAAAAUAAAGGUAUUUACGUGCAACGUGAACCCAGUGAAAUGGAACUGAGCCAGGUUUUAGAAGAACAGCCAGAUAUUAAAGUGAAAGUACAACACUUUGGUCAAGAGAUGAGUCCUGCAGAUUUCUGGGAAAUUGGCCCAAGUCUUUCACCAUCUUUUAACAGCCAACAACAGUUUCAUGAGGACAACUCUCAAGAAAGCACCUUAACGGAUUUAUGGCAAGCUGUGAAAGAGCAAAGACAUCAAAACAUUUUGUUGCCUGCUGAGAUACAUGAAGAGCACACAUUUGCAGACGACAUUGUGCUUAGAUAUAAUGAAAAAGAACCAAAGGACAAACUAGUACUAGAAGAGGAAGGGAUAGGUGGCUUAGUCGAAGAUCAGAGAAAUACAAGUAAACUAAGGGAAACGGGCUUACCGGAAAUGCAAAUGCCCUUCUCUUCUGAGGACUCUAGUAAUCUUAAACAAGAAAUAACUUUAUCAACUGAAACAUUUGUUCAGCACACAUCAGAUGAUACUAUACAGCUGGAAAAGGAAAGCGAAAAGGACCAUAAAACUGAAAAUGAGGCUAGUAGUGAUGUCUGGAGACAAAGAAGCAGCUGUCUCCCUGCAGUGAGCGAUGUAGAUCAACUGAAUAUCUCAGCCACUUUCCUUGAGGAUGACAGUAAAAAAGUCAUUUCCAUCUCUGAUGCAGCAGUACAAAUCAUUUCCCUAAGUGAUGAAUCUCGAGGAGAAAUAACAUCAGGUCAGCUUGUCUUGAAAGAUUUAGAAAGUGACAGAAAGGGAGAGAAAAGUAAAAUGGCUGUUCAGGAAAUCAAUGAAGAAUGUCCAGAUAGAAAAGAUGUUGACAAAACACUGCUAAUAGGGGCUACAACAAUACUUGAAACAAUGCUACCUAAUAGUCCACCAGAUCAGCAGGAGCUACUCAAAGACAUUCACAUGAGUCCCUUGUCUAUGGAAUUAGACCAACAUGAACCUGAGCUUUCAAUAACUGGAAAAGCAAUUUACAUGGAGCUUACACAACAAGAAGCUGCUAUUUACAAUGAAAACCUACAUCUAGCAGUAGAAGCAACAGGAGAAUCCAAAGCUUGUGCCAAACAAGAACUGAUCCAAUGUAUCACGUUGGCUGAAACUAAAGAGAUCUCCAGUCAACUCCUUUCAGAUGUUAACUCCAAAGAAGAAAAUGUUCAUCGAAAGGAAACAAACAAUGUGCCUUUGAGCAUAUUGCACAAUAAUGAAAGCAAGCCAUUUUUGGAAAUGUGUGAUAAACAAGCUGAUUGUCUUGCAUUCAGUGUUGCUGAGCAGGAUACCAUCAGCACAAAUGAUAGUGAGCCACUUUUAUAUGUGGAUUCAAACAUUCAUUACAUAGAAAGCAUGGAACAGUUAUAUACAGAAGGAGAAAGAGAAUUAUGGCAAAACAAUCAGGAAAAUGGAACAUCGUCUUUAAAUUUCAAUAGAUGUAAAGAGAUCUCAUCUGAUAAUUUCAAGUUUCAGUCUCAUGGUAUAUCAACACCACCAGAAGCUUCGCAUUUUGGCCAAACUCCAAAACUGUCAUCACAAUACAAAACAACUUGUCUAGAAGAAGAUCUUUACACUGAACAUGCCCACAUUUUGCAAGGGGAUCAAACUGAUGGUAAUAAAACAUUGACAACAGCGUGGCCGGGUUUACAGAUACAUGAUCCAAGUAAUAGUGAAGAAAACCAUUGUGACAUUACCAACGAUGGGACAUCCACUAUCACCAGCAGCAAGGGCUACAGCCAGCACCAACCUGUCAUUGUAAGAAACAGGCCACAUGAAGUUCAUCAGCAAAAGUAUCCAAGCCCAAUGAUUUUAAUAAGUGAGCCCCUACUGGAAGAGGAUGAAACAGAAGACGAAACACAAGCUUUUACAAUGGAGCAGACCCACACCAAAGUACAACAAGACAGAACACUUAAAAUGCGUAUGACUGAGGAAAAUGACGGGUCAACUAACUUGACCUGGUGGAAUGGUGAGGCCUCCAUUUUGCAACAUAUCAGCAAAGAAGUUCUGUAUUCCCUUUUAUUUGUUGUGUUUUUAGUAACUGUAUAUCAUUAUGAUUUCAUUGCCUGUUUUGCGCUUUAUAUAUUCUCCGUCUACUGGCUGUAUUGCCAGGACAGUAAACACAGUGAGUCAUUUUCAAAAAAAUAAAACAAGUUCCUGCAGUGGUUUACAGACAUUUACUUUGCCUAAAGGCUUCAAUUUUCUCUUUCUUUCUUUUGUUUGGUAUCUCAUUUAUGUUUGCUACCUUGAUGUCUUACUGCUGUGGGAAAAUUUUGACCUGACAUGAUUUGACAAAAUAUUUCAAAAUAUAUUAUAUUCUUGUCUUUUACAUAGUUAAUCGGUCAUAGGCAGUAUGAAUAAAAAACAGAAUUAAGACUCGAAGGACCAUAUAGGAGUUUUGGUUCGUUUGAAUGUGUUCAUGUUCAUUUCACGGAUGGAUCAUUUCUUAUUUUUCAACCUUGUCUCUUUUUCUUGCUUGUUACUAACAGCACCUUAUGUUUUCAUUUAAGUUCCACUUUUGAUUUGUAUUGUAUCAGUUGAGAUUUUAUAAGAAAAUAAUUUUUAAAAUGGCAGAAUAAUGAUGGAAAUAGCAGAUAAGCAUGACUAGUUGCUGUAAUCUAUUCUCACAACUUUAGUAAUGCCAUCUAUCCUGCUAAUUUGUCUACAGAUCCUCAUUCCGAAAGCAUUCUACCAAAUGACAGUUUUUGCAGCACAGCAUUUUUUGUACAAAUAUUGUGAUUAUUGUAUAAUUCAAUAUAACGACAUUUCAGAAUAAUACAAUACAGUUAUAUAUUAUAUGUAAUGAUAAUUCAGAAUAAUACAUACAAUUACAAUAUGGCUAUCUAUUUAUUGCGUGUAUAAUGUUUGCUACCUGAAGCCCCAAUCAACAUUGGACUGAUUGUGGUGAAAAGUUAGUGCUGCAGUGCAAUAAAGGCUGGAAAAUGGAAAACAAAAUAAAAUAAAUGGAUGGGCAGUGAGGGCAUUUCUAAAGUUAUUAUGAGAAGGAAAAAGUUGCCUUUAAUAUUGUGGAAGAACAUAACAUAAAGAUUCUUUAUGAAUUAAUUUUAUGAGCUUUGUGCUUAAAGGUUUUUGUUAUGUUUGGAUUAAUUAAAUAAAAUAGAUUUAUUCACUGUACUUCAGUUAAGAUUAUUCCUGUGUGAUGUGCCUUAGAUCUUUGUGAACUGCAGAAAAAGUUCAUAAUGUGGAAAAUUCUGCAUUAGUCAUACAGGCCAAUACUGACACAAACUGAAAGGGAAACUUGUAAUAUCCAGAAGCAUGGUGAUUACUGAAUUUAUUGUAUUUACUGUAAGAUAUGUCUGCAAGUAAAGUUCUAAUGUAUCUGGAAUUUAUUUUUAAA